AUGGCUCCUUUCACAGCAGUCGUCGGCACGGUGAGCAUGGCCAAGAGAAAUGCCGCUGGUGAAGGCAUAACGAUGGUUGCCAUGUUCUGUGUGUGCAGCCUGGUCUGGUGGACUGCAUCGUGGCCUUCCUCCCGAUCCACCUGCUCAUGCGGCUGUCGUCACACGCACGGCAGGACGGCGUCCCUCAGCACCGCCACCUCACCAUCAGUGCGGCGACGCCAGAUGAGCGGUCCUUCUGGAAGCGGCUGCCCCUCGCCCUCAUCCAGCAGCUGGCAGCGUGGCUCGCACGGCUGACGGCCAUCACCCUCCGCUGCCCGGCCCAGCUCGCGGCUGCGGCGGUGGGCCGGGGAGCUGGCUGGUGCUUCGAGGUCAUGGUGACGAUCGUUGAAGGGCACGCAGAGGCGCGACGGGCCGCGGCCUUGCAACGAGGGACACUCACGAGCAUCAGGAUCUUCCACGACGUGCAGCUGACAUGUGAGGAGCUGGACGCCCUCGACCGGACCACUCCAGAGCGGCCCCCGCCCCUCGUCGCGCGGCCCACCCUUGACGCCCUGACAUCCAUCUCUGGACUGAAGCCCGUCCAUCAGUCGCUGGCCGAGAGAGGAUGGGAGAUGCCCUCUCUGGCUUGGGUGGGGCAGGGCGGAUGGCAGCCGCACAGACUCGGGCGGCUUGUGGUCUCGUCCCGGUCUCUGCGCCGUGUGAGGGGAAGCAUCGAUGCGGGGGGAACGGGACGGCGGGACGAGCCUCGGUGGGAGAAGGUCUUUGAGGGCAUGCCUGUGGCCACUGGACAGCAGCCAGGGCCACUGAGCCACCUUGAGGCCAUCGGCCCCGUCCCCGUGUUUUUGCACCCCGUCCUGGUCUUCCUCCAGUUCGGCACCAUCGACAAGCUAAGGUAG